AUGCCUAAAUACCAGGUAUAUUUAAUGGCUGAGCUAGGUGAAUCAGAUGGUGAUGUUUACGAAGAAGCUGAAAGAUCUAUAGUUAAAGUAGAAGCUGGCAGUAGUACGGAUAAUGAAACUGUUCCACAAACAGCAGUCCAGAUGCCUGAAUUUGAAAACAGGCGAGAAAUUUCUGCUGCCGAAGCGUAUUCUCGGUAUCAGGCACAGCAGGAGCAGGAGAAUCGAAGGGUGUCGUUUUUUCGACAUCCAAUUCGAUGGUAUGCUAAUAUGUUUGAUGAAGAUUUGCUUUACUUUCCUUUAUUUGCACAUCCAUCAUUUCUGUCUCCAGUUUUCUAUCCAAAUCACGGCAUACCGGGUGCCUUUGCUUUUCCACAUCAGAAUUUGAAUAAUCACUACAACGCAGAUUAUAACAACAGGGAUUAUCGUUCUCAAAACAGAGGAGGCACUUAAUGAAAUCAGUUUUUACAAAGCAUCAAACUUAUAAUCAACUUUUUACUACGAAUAAAACUCUGUGAUUUUUAUAUAAAUGUUUUGACAAAUAUUUUACAUAUUUAUAAAAUUGUUACUACUAAAUAAAACAAGUUUAAUAUUAAGCAUUGUCUUAAUUCAAAUUUGAUACACCAGAUACACCAGAAUUGAUAACAGUUCAAGUGAUAUAUAGAUAGGAUUGCAGAUGUCCCAGUUUUUGGAUGAUAUCCCAACUUGGUUUGUAAUUUUGUCUUGAUUGGAGGAAAAGUAUCAAAAAUUUAUGAAAAUUAAUUGGAAAGAGGAGCAACUUUCAGAAGCCCCCUAAGGUAAGAAAGGUGGCUGUAGUGUGACCUGACCUUGAUGUCCAGUGCUAAUGCAGCAGCUGAACUACUGUCAGUUCCCUCUUCCUAC